AUGGAAGAAAUCGUCGAUAUUGUUCGACAAAUCGGCCGACAGCAAGGAGAAAACGUUUAUCUUCGAACCUGCUACUCUCUUUUCAAGCACCUCCAGGACAAAGCCGAUGAGGCGCGUGAGGAUCUCCUACGCCUCCAUCAAUCCGGUGCUUCAGCUUCAUUUGAAGACGAGUUCUCCUCCGUCUACCAUGUGGCACAAGAGCUACGAACCUCAGUACACGUUUUUGUUGACCAGGCACGCCACGCUCAGUCAGCCUGCGAGGAGUUCUCCCAAGUGGAACCUAGUUUCUCGGCUCGCGAAGCUUUUAAGUUUACAGAUACGACUCGAACCUCCGAGAUGCCAGAGGCAACUGCCCACGAGGUCUGUGAUAGCCCCCAGUCGAUGCGGUUUAUAAUGGUACCCCUGGACAUUCUCUGA